UGGCAGAUAUAUAGACACUUCAUGGGUCACGUCAGUCACGUGCUGGAAAUUCCAGCGCUUUUGGUUCCAACCUUGCGAUGGUUCAUGACGCGGUGAUUCAACACGGUAUCGAGGUGAUGCACUCACCCAUGGUCACGGAUGCUGUGUCCUUCAUCAGUGCCGCCCCUGCCAUGCGUGCACUUCGAGAAACCGGACACUCCAUCGCGCAUUGGUUGGGUGAUCACUUUCAGCCCUUAGGUCCUGCCAAAGUGCUGCCAGCGCAUGGUGAUGUGCCACCAAGCCAGGUGCAGGAACCCGCGGAAACUGGCGCCAACGAAGCAUGGGGAGGAGGUCGGAUGGUGGAGUUCUUUGCCCAAAGUUGCCCUCAUUGCAAACAUUUGGAGCCCAUUUGGAAGGAAGCCACUCACAAGUGGUCCACAGAUCAUCCAGAGGAUGCCGUGAAAUGGGAGCAGAAGGAGUGCUACGGUGAAAACUGGGGUGAAGGCAGAGACCAUGACGAGUGCAUGAAGGAAGGGAUCCACAGCUUCCCCACCGUUCGAUUCUUUAGUAAGUCUGGCAAAAAGUUUGCAGACUUCUCUGGUGAUCGCACUCCCGAGAACUUGAUUGGGUUUGCUGCCCAACACGGCGCACGACCUGAACGAAUUGCUCCCUUGGAAGAGACCCGACAGGAGCAGCUUGCAUUGGUCGACCCGUCUUCACCUGUGAAGGUGGUGGAAUAUGUGGCCAAGAGCUGUCCUCACUGUCAAUCCAUGGAGCCCAUUUGGAACGAUCUGAAAGCUGCCACGGCAUCCAAAAAGAACAUCCUGUGGGAGCAGAAGGAGUGCUUUGGAAAGGGGUGGGCCCCAGGAAAAGACCUGGAGGAAUGUAAGAAAGCUGACAUCCAAGGUUUCCCGACCAUCAAAUUCUUCGGGCCAAACAGCACUGAGGAGUUCCACGGUGGAAGGUCUGUUUCCAGCAUCCUAAAGUGGGUGGAGGAGCACGUUGCGCCGAAGCCUCCGACGCCAACGCCUUCGACGCCUUCGAAGCCAAACCUUGGGGAUGUCAAAGAUGUCGCUGAAGUGCAGACGGUGCAAGCCUUCGCAGGGCCACAAUUGUGGGCUGCGUCACUCUGUGCUCCUGGCGCGCGGCCUGUGAGGAGCAAGGCGAACUUCUUUAGAAGGACCAUGGUUUGGAUCGGGUGCGUUCCAUCAAAAAAGGAGAGACCCGGGGGGGGCGGGGGUGAUUCCAAGGACCCUGGUGAGGAUUUUUGA